UUGAAGAGUUCUGUAGAGGGAGCCGUGAUCGCAAGAAUCAUAACAGGACUUCCUGACCUUUCCAGAAAUGUAUUAUUUCGUCGUGAAAACUUAUUUCUUCAUGUGAAUGAGGCGUUGUAUUUACUUUCCAAACGUUCUUGAAGAAAUGGGGACACUGUGUACAACUGACACAGAAUAAAUGAAAAAAUGCAAACAGACAAGGGCCAACCUAUCACCAUCACAGAAAUGGUCCAGUUGGCACAUAUCGGAGUGCCUCUGGAUCAGGUGACAUGGGCAAGAGUUACGAUGAUUUCCGAUCGAUGGAUUGCUAUCCGGCAUGGUAAUAGAGAAGAAAACAGUCAAAAAGCAAUGGUGACAGUUUUAAAUCCAAAAGAUGGCACAAUAUCAUAUGCUGGGCAGACAACUGCUGAUUCUGUCAUAAUGAAUCCAAGUCAGCCAAUAAUGGCUCUCAAAGCUGGAUUGAGAUUUGAAGUCUUUAAUUUGGAUACAAAAGUUUUGAUCAGUAAGACAAGAUUACAUGAACCUGUUGUAUAUUGGACGUGGGUUAGCUCAGAUGUUAUUGGUAUGGUAACAGAGACAGCUAUUUAUCAUUGGGAUCUUUGGCAAGGAAACUGUCCACCAGAGAAAAUGUUCAUGAGACAUACACGACUAGCGUUUAGUGAGAUUGUGAGCUAUAAGGCCGAUCCUGGUUUAAAAUGGUUGGCUGUUACGGGUAUGAUCCCAGAGGAUGAUAAAAUAUCGGGUAUAACACAACUCUAUAAUGCUGAGGAAGAUAUUACACAAUGUAUUGCUGCCCAUGCUGUUUGUUUCGCUAGUUACAGAUUUAAUGAUAAUCCCUCCCCUUCAACUUUAUUCUUUGUCUGUACAAGAGAUGUACAAGAUCAUGGAAAGGUACAUGUGAUAGAAUUAGGACCAUAUAAACCUGGUAACUUUGCUCCCAGAAAUUGUUAUGAUCAUGUGCAAUAUUUAGAUGAUCCAGAUCGCUAUGAUUUUCCUGUAUCAUUGCAGGUGUCAUCAGAAUAUGGGUUAUUAUUUGUAAUAACAAAAUAUGGUUAUUUAUAUAUUUGUGAUAUUCAGACGGCUACUUGCCUAUGUUGCGCACGAAUCUCAAUGGAUAUAAUAUUUGCUUCUGCUCUAAAUACAGAUACACAGGGUAUACUAGGCGUUACACGUGGUGGGCAGGUUCUCACCAUCGACUUGGAAAAAGACAGUUUGAUAUCGUAUCUACGUGAAACGGGCAAAAAAUCCUAUCAAGCUACACGUCUUGAAAAGGCUAUAAAUACACAAUGAUCAAAAUACUUAACAGAUAUUAAUAUAUGGUUAACUCUACGUGUUCAACUCUGUUGAAAUAUCUUAACUAAAUGAGGCACAAUUUGUCGUCAUAGAUGUAGAUAAAUGACCUGAAUAGGCUUUCUCAGACUAUGCCUCUGAGGUUGUUGUGACACCUUCAGUGUUUUACAAUUACUUUUAGCUAUAUCACUAUGAUGGGGCUGCUUGAUUGUGAAUCCAGAUCAUUCUGAAUUGACAGAAUAUCAAUCGAGUGACCUAGAAUUGAGUCAUAUUCUCAGUUCUACUAGUCACGAUGAGGGGUGAGAAGAAAUGUGACAUAAUCAAACAUAAGGAUAGUAUUUAUAGUGAUUUGUAGAAAUAGUAUCAUAUUUAUUUAGUUCAUGUUGUUUGCUUGAAUACUAUGUUUGCUGAGAUAUUUAAUUGAGUAUCUUGCACUUCAGAUAUACCUCGAUCCACUAAGCUUAUCUUAUGAGUAAUAUAUUUAUCAAAUAGGGCUAUAUAUAGUUUAAACUUUAAACAAAAACGGGCCAUUACAGAUUUUUUUACUCCCCUUUGUUUAUUCUCUCGUCUCAGAUAUUUUAUACCCAGUAAUAUGAUCCUUUAUUAGUUGAUUAGAUUAGAAAGGAAGAGGACAUAGUUCAAGGGUCUUGAUUUGUUUCUUUUUUUCUUUUCUUAUAUUUUCCUGAACUGAAAAUCAUAUUGAUUUAAUCAAAUAAUAUCAGAUACAAACAUGAUUAUAAGGAUGUUUGUCAAUAUAUAUAUGGCAGAGUUACAUAUACAUGCAUGUAGAUUUAUAUUAUCAACCUUACUUACUGUAACUGUAACUUAUUUGUCAAUCAAAGGAAAUUUUUCUUUAUUAUUAAUUUUUUUAUGAGAUUUUUAAUCUUAGCAGUACAAAGAUUUCUUGGCUGGAGAAAAUGCAUAAUCCAUUUGUCGAUCAUCCUGUACGUAGCAGUAGUGGUUUACAUCCGGAUCUUUCAACGGAGUUGAACAUCUAACAUAAUGUGAUAGAUAUUCUUUUAUAUUUUUACACUGUUUCAAUAUUUAGUCCAUAUCAUAGUUGUAGCUGUUAUAUAACAUGUUGCUAUAUUUUAUUUUGAAAAAAAAGAUUUAAUAGUGGUAUGUAGACCUAUUAAAGUACUACUAGAUUGCAUAUUUAUUUGCUUUACAAUUUGCUUACAAUCUGAGAUUAGUUUAAUAUGACAACCAAUAUAUAGAUAAUUAUCUUUCAUGAUUGCUUUAUUAAAUUAAGAGUCUUAAUUAGAUGUUAAAUAAUCAGUUUGAGGACAUUUUACCGUGGAUUAAGAUGUGAAAAAUUACUUAUUUAGUCGGAAAUAUGCAAAUGACGAUCAGCGGCUUUUAGAAAAAAAGGAAAAAAUAUUUCGUCUUUCGGUGUGUUGACUUGAAUUUCGAGAUGUAAAUUGGCACUUGCACUGUUGAACAACCCUAGAAUGAAGCAACGGUUAUAAUUCGAAAGCCACUCUUGACCUAAAAGAUCUAACAUGGGUGUGUUGUGUAGAAGCAAGGGUGAUGGACAGUGAAUGCCAGAAAUAAAUAGUAUAUUUUAUCUGUAUGAUUGUAAAAAGUAAUAUUAUAUAUGAUUGACAGUCCAAGUUCUGUAUAAUAUAAUUUAGUAUGAUUGACGUCCAAUUUCUUUUACAUCGGAAAGCAAUGCUAACAAGCAUUUAUCAGCUCAUUAACCCUUACCGGUAAUACAUUUGGAUAGCAAAUAUUGGAGAUUGUUUAAGCUUUUUGCCUGAGAAAAAUCCUCAGGAUUUUCCAGCGUGGGUUCACCCUUGUUAGUGGUGACGGGCAGAGGGCUAGGUCAGGAACAGUGUCUAGUUAUUCAGUUGGGACAAAAAAAAUCAAGUUCCUGUUUGCAUGUUGGCAUGCAUGCUGACAGUUGGAAUUCAAAACCUAGGUAGGCCAUAGCGCCAUUGUCUGGGCAAAAUUUUCCUCCUACUCCUAGCACACUUCAUGGCAUUUGCCCAUUUUCAUUAGCCCAUUCGGCGCAGAAAAGUAGGAUAUUAAAACCUUUUUAAUUUCGAGUUCCUAUAGAAAAUCGGUUAAUGUAGACUCUACAUCUAAUGAUACAUAGAAACCCCACUUUACCAUCGCAAAUGUAGUAAUGGUUAAAUGAACUAAUAUUGCUUGUGACAUUGCUUCAGGAAUAUGCUUACCUAUAGGUAAGGAUAUCUUGUUUAGAAACAAUCUACAAAUAGUAUAUAUUUUCUCUAUAUGGUUAUUUAUUAUUAUUCAAGGUGUAGUAUAUUAAUAUAAAUAAUAAAAAAAGAUCUCACAUAAAUAUAGUAUAUUACUUAUGUAUUAUAGAAAAGUCUCUGAAAGAUUUGUAAAUAAAUCAAAGUCUGUAUUCUUUAUAUAUUCUCCAAUACUAUGGUUUUCUCAUGUUAUUUGGUCAAGGUGGUCAAUGUUUGGAAAUAUAUCUCAAACACAUGUAGUAGAUCUCUAGGAGGAACUUUAGCCAUUUAGCCAAAUAAAUAAAAUACACAUGUUUACGGUUACCUGGCCAAAAAAACAUGGUUGGUCAGUCGAAAGGGUUCUGGGGG